UAAAAUAGGAAAGUCUAUUGAUUUCCUUUGUCUCGUUCAUCCUGGCAUAAGUAAAUCGUAGAAUGGCAGUAACAUGUACCUGCUUAGGACAAGAACUUUUCACUGAUUUUGGCAAUCCUUUAUGCUUCUUCUGUAACAGUGCUUUAGGCUGUACCUAGCAAAUACGGCAAAAAAACUUCCUCGUAUGUCUUCACCACAAUUAACAAAUGAGAGACAUGAGUUGCUGCUGUUAACUUGAAGAAGUUCAUUUCUUUUUCCUUUUAAAUCUUACUCUCUCCAGAAUAAAUCCUUCUUUAUUUCUGUGGUUGUUAGUUGAGUUUGUGUGGUAAGAUGAAGAUGCCUGUGCUUGUGAUUCCAGGAACCAUAUGAAAUAUGUGAUAUUCUUAAGAUUGCUCUUAAUGUUUUUGUGAUUCAUUUUAACCAAAAAUUUCAAUUUUAUCCCAAUGCUGGUUGUCUUUUUCUCAUUCACACUUCUCAUGAGUUUGAUGUCUUUCAAUCUUUGUCUUGGUCUGGCUCUACUGUAUAUAUGGAGGUUCAUAAAAUUGAGCAAGAUUGUUUGUAUAAUGAUUAAUUUCUGUUCUAUUAGGAAACCUAGAUUUUAUUUUGUGUGAUUGUCUGCUAGAAUCAUCUGUGCAUGUUGAGGAACAGAAGACUGAAAUUGUUGCAAGUCCAAGUUGAAACGGAAUCAUUCAAUUCCCGGAGUUAAAAGUUGCGUCCAAAACAACUAAACAAGGAAAAGUUUUCCCUCACAAUGUUGAUGCUAUUCCUGAAGUGAAGGAUGGAGCCCAUCAGAUUAAUGUUGGUUUUCAGAAAAUAAAAAAGAAGUCCUCGCCAUCUAAGGGCACUGAUUGUUCAAGUGACUUGAUAAAUAAAGCCAAAUGCUCUCAUGAUUCUGCAUACCAAAAACAAGGGAAACUGAUGAAACCUCCAGAAUUUACUUCUACUGACCAUGGAAGGGACUCAAAUGAUUCUGCUCCAUCUUCCAUAAAGGUUUUAUCUUCAAACCAAUUCAACUUACCCACCAAAGUGAGGAGUAGGCGUAAAAUAAAACAACAAAGCCACUGAUUGGUAAAGAUACUCCAUCUUCUGAGAAUAUUGCAAAUGGCCAGUACAAUGUUGCCAUUCCUUCAUUCAACGACAACGCACUCAAACUCAAGAAAAAGCUUUCUAAUUGCCUUUCCUGUUAUCAAGUUCGGAGGUGGAGUGCUUUUGAAUGGUUGUACAGUGCAAUUGAUUACCCAUGGUUCGCUAAAGGGGAGUUUUGUGGAAUACCUGGAUCAUGUUGGAUUGGGCCAUAUUCCAAGAUUAACUCAUGUUGAAUGGGGUGUCAUAAGGAGGCAUGUGGAUAUAUUGUGUGUAUCUUGCAUUGUCUGCAGUUCAAUAAAAUCUCAGCUUAAAACAUUUAUUGCACGCUGCAGUUCCCUUGGUAAACCACGUAGAUUUUCAGAGCAAUUUUUGAAGGAAGAGAAAGAGAAGCUUAAUCAAUACUGGGAAUCUGUCAGAAAACAUUACACAGAACUUCGUGCUGGUACCAGGGAUGGACUUCCUACUGAUUUGGCUCGACCCUUAUCAGUUGGACAACGUAUUAUAGCUCUUCAUCCACGAACGAGGGAGAUUCAUGAUGGAAGUGUACUUACUGUUGAUCAUAACAGGUGCCGAGUUCUGUUUGACCAAGCUGAACCGGGGGUUGAAUUUGUCAUGAUAAUUCAGUUUUCUUUAUGACAAUGUAUAUUUAUUAAUGGAAUAUUCAGAAUUUUUGUGUUUUAAUUUUUGUUGAAAUCACACCUUGUCAACUCUAAUAUUGAGUCAAUUAGUUUGUCUUGCAUUUACCAUGAAGGUGACAUAAAAGAUAGCUAUA